UGAGAGAGUUCGGAGCGUGAGAAGAAAACGGAAGAACAACGGUUGAGUCCAGAUCAUUUAAAAUGUCUCUGUUCUUGAUACUGAUGCUGCCAUUAGCAGUAACUCAAGUUUCCACCAUCACUGUCAGAGCUGGAGACGACGUCACUCUGCCUUGUGACAAUAUGAAAGAUUUGAAUGAUGAAUGUAACAGAACUACCUGGCUCUUCAGUGGUUCAGGAACGUCGUCACCACUGUUUGAACAUGGGAAGAUUCACAAAGAUGUUGGAUCUAAAUCAGACAGACUGAGUGUUACAACAAACUGUUUACUGGUUAUAAAGAAGGUCACAGAUGAGGAUGAUGGUCGUUACACCUGCAGACAGUUCAAUAUAUCAGGACACCAAGUUACAGACUCUGGUGUUGAUCUGUCUGUUAGUAACAAAGAGGACACAACAACAACAAUGAUAAAAGCUACAAUGACCACAAAGAUAUUGGCAACAUCAUCUAAAACUCCAUCAACAGUCACAGUUACUGCGAUCGUUGUAGCUGUGAUUUUAGCAGCUUUCAUAAUAACUGUCGUAGCAGUCGUCAGAUGGAAGAAAACCAAAGGAAACAGAACACAGACGAAUGAAAACACUGAACUGAACGUAAACCCUGAAGGGACUGGACCUGGUCCAGAAACCAGUCGUCCAGACAAGGCUGAUCCUGCAGAUAAUGUUUACUACACCUCCAUCAGCUUCAACAAGGACACCAAGAGUAAGGCCAGGGGUAAACCUGAUGAAGGUGAUGCAGUGACCUACAGCACUGUCAAAGCUCCGUCCACUUCAGCUGGAGCCUCCACUAAUCCCAACGGCCUCUACUCCUCCAUCCCAUAAGAGAACAUAUAGAAGGUCCAACAGCUUUGUGCUAGUGUACCCCCUUAUUUGGAAAAGCGGAUUUACCUAAGGCCACAUUCACACAUACCAGGACAAUCUUUGUUUCUCAGUUUUUUUUCCACACUGGGACUUGGAUUCAAAAAGGUGCAGUUCCAGUCACAGAAAGACCCGGAUCCAUCAUGGACGGCCAGCAAAGACGUGCAAGACUUAUGCAAUUUCACACAAAAAUCACAUUUGUGUAAACACAGCCUUAGUUUCAGUGAGUUUCAGUUUUUUCCAGUUAUAAUUUAAAGAUGCUAAUGCUGAGAGCUUUACUGAGAAGUAACGUUAGCGAUACAAUACUGUAGCGUUAAAAGUAUGACGAGGAGUGAUCACAUAUAUUCAGUUUAUUGUUUUAUUGUCAUGUAUUGUUGGAAGUGAAAUAGCAGUAACUACGCCAAAGCAAAAACAUCUACAAACUUAUCUGACAGCCCUCCAGAACUUAACUUAAGAAGUAACUUAAGGUUUGACUUCAUCAAAAAAUGCAGCGUAAAAUAAUAUUAUCUGACACUAAAUGUGAACCACAACACCAGGUUCUUGGGUCUGGAUUCCAGUUGUUUCUUCUAAUGCAGCGAUCCAUUUACUUUUCUUUGGCAGAUAUCUGUAAAAAUAUAUCUCUGACUGCUUUUCAUAUCUGUUGGUUCUGUCAAUCAGACAACAGCUCUUCACCAUUUUGUUUUGUUUAGUUUUACUGUUAAGAUGCUAUUAAAGCCUAUGAUUCAAAUUAAUUAUGCUAAUAUCCAUACUCAUCUGUCAAUUUGUUGCCACUCAGUGGCCGUAACCAUGGAGACUCGCUAGUUGUGAUGUCAUGUGCAAACCCUCAAUUAGAGGAAGCAGUGUGGUUCAACUUCUAUUUUAUAUGAAAACAUGAUGUAGUGACUUUUUUCUUGUGUAUGAGUCUGUUCAAUGAACAUUCUGAUGACUGCUGUAAACAUCUUUGUCCAGUAGGGGGAGUAGAAGACAAAGUAUCACACUGUGAGAAGUUAUCAGUCAGCAUUUUUACUGCUUAGUUACUUCUGUCAUUAUUUGACAAGCUUGUUUUCUGCAUUUAUAAAUUAUUUGGAGCAUGUUCUCAAAAAAUUAAAUCGUGUUAAAUGUUAAAUAAAUAAAAGAACAAUCACAGCCCCGAA